AUGAUUUCAAUCCAAGAUUUUCCACCAAAAUUACCUUUCCAAAUAUUUCGAAUUGCUUUCGUUAUUCCGUACUUUGUUUUCAUCGCAUUUUCCUUGGAACCUCCAAAAACAAAAUUAAGAUACUUUAGCCUGAUCGUUAUAAUCAUAUAUUUACUCGCACUUCCACUCGUAUAUCGAGGAGAAUAUGAAGAGAUCGAGAUAUCGCCAAUAGCAGCCUUAGCAUUUGGUUGGAGUUUUAAGAUGAUGAUUUGGUUAAAAAGAUGUUUAUACGCCGAGAAAGAAAAACAAAUAGGACCGUUUUAUUUGACGAUGUUCUUCUGGAGGACAUUACCAAAUGAUGACACGAAAGUUAAGAAAAAGGAUUCAAAGUUGACGAUAAGAGAGAUAAAUCUGAAUAUAAUUCAACGCGUUGCGUUAGUUUUUCUUAAAUGGGUUUUAUUCGAAAUGUGUUAUAGGUGGUUAACGUAUAAUGUCCCCGACAUACCUGAAGAAAGUUAUCCGGUUCGAAUUUUCAAUUGGGUCACUAAAGGGAUUCCAGCUCUAAAUCAAUUUUUAUUGCUUUAUUACGCUGUUGGUACGUCGGUGAUCAUCUUAUCUCUAUCUUUAGGCUACGAUUUUUUUCUCGUUUUAAAUGGAUUAUUGUUAAGAUUUCUUAUCACCUUAAAUAAUGACAAGGAAAUUCUCUUUCUCGAAAAGCAACAGAUAAAAUAUAUUAAAGAAUGGUGUAUCUCCAUGGCAUAUGAUACAAAACACAUAUUCAUGUAUCCUUAUUUCUCAACAUCUCCCCGAGAUCUUUGGUCGAAUAGAUGGCAAUUAUUCUUAAAGGAAAGUUUUAAAGAAUUGGCAUAUUUACCAGCUCGUAAUCUUUUCAUUAACAAAUCAAAGAGGUUUAGUGAGUUAAUUGGAGUUUUAGCAGCGUUCGCAAUGAGUGCUUUAUUGCACGAAUACCUUUUACUGAUUUUUUUGAAUAAAUACUCGGGCGAGCAUUUAUUUUUCUUUAUGUUACAUGGAAUUAUUUUGGUGAUUUGGGAAGGUAUCACUGGAUCGACAAGAGAAACAGAUUCUAAAAAAAGUUUAUUGAAAUCAAUUUUGCAACGGAGCGUCAUGAUGAUAAUCAUUUUAUUUACCUUGCCUGGAUUUGUUGAACCAUUCGCACGCCACCCCCAUUGGUUUAUCUCAUCUGCAUUUACAAGCUACAAAAGAGAUCCUACUCUCGAUUUCCAUUAUAGUUAA